ACAUGUGCUCUACCGUACUUCAUGAUCGAGGUUAAAAAUCAAGAUUAUGAAUGUUGAUACAUGGAGAUAUGAACAUUUUAAAUCAUGAUCUCGACGGGGAUUAAAGACGCAUUAGCCACGUGCGCUUCAAUUUGCACAGUUUUACAAUUUUUGGCCGGUGUGCUGGUGUGCAGAAAAAUCAUUAAAAAUGGCACUACGGGAAAUAGUUCAGCCUUGGCAUUUGUAACAUGUUAUACAUCAUGCGUCUUAUGGAUGAGAUAUGGUAUGCUCAUUGGAGAUCGAUUUAUAUUAUUAGUGAAUGUAUUUGGUUCAAUACUCCAAGCGUCUUACGUUUACGUAUUCAUUUUAUAUAGUGUAAAAAAGUUUAAACCAAUAAGGCAAAUGAUUGCAGCAACUUGUUUCCUCGCAGUUGUGUACUUUUAUAGUUUUUAUGAGGAAGACAGAAUUUUAGCCUCAAAGUACGUUGGUUUCCUUAGUUGUACAGUAACAGUAUUAUUUUUUGCAUCUCCAUUAAUGAUGUUGGCACAUGUGAUAAGAGUUAAAAGUACAGAAAGUUUACCAUUUCCCAUUAUUAUGGCUUCUUUAAUAGUUUCUUGUCAGUGGUUUGCAUAUGGUUGCCUUCUGAAUGAUCAGUUCAUAGAAAUACCAAACUUUCUAGGCUGUGUAUUAUCUGCAUUUCAACUUUGUUUCUUUUUAAUUUAUCGUAACGAUCAAUUUAAUGAGGCUCACUUGAUAUAAUAUUAAGAAAUAUAUUUCACAAAUUAUGCUCUAACUGGGAAAGAUAUCAUAUAUUUUUUAGCAUAUUGUUUAUAAAUUAAGACACUCGAUAUAUGUUCUCACGAAGAAAUAUAUUUUUGAAAAAAUUAA